AUGACCCUAUUCUGGCUCCUCGUGCUCAACCGAAUCUACCAGUCACCCGUGCUUUUGGCCUUGUACAAGUUCUACAAGACAUGUGUGCACUUGACAACCAUGACGUCUGAAUUGUACCGCAUUAGCAAUGCAGCAGCUCAUCAGCUAGGCUGGUACAAUGAACUUGCAUUUCUCAGCAACGACGACAGCGAACUUGAUGAAGAACAAGAAAAGUCGCCUUUAAUAAAGUCACUUUCUCCACAAGAGCAAGAGGCGGCUAUUCCUCCCCUUGUCGUGUAUCGGAUUGACCGGUCAAUUCUGUUCUCAAAACAAUUGGAUGCAGAACGACGCAGCCUUGAAAAUGCAUCAGGACAAUUAGAUGAAGUCGCAGAUAUGAUCAUGGCCAAGAAAGGCUUUGCUGGAUCAAAGAAAAGCGAAACCUAUGUAUUGACGAUCCAAAUCAACGAAAGAGCGCAUACCAAAUACGAUUCAACCAAUUCAGUACACGAACAGAAGCUAUUAAAGUUAUGGAAAGCAUUGAUGCCCGACACCGAACUUGAAUCACGGUUGACUCAACAAUGGGCAGAGAUUGGUUUCCAGGGUAAUGACCCUGCAACUGAUUUCCGUGGCAUGGGACUCCAGGGGCUUGAUGAUCUCGUAUAUUAUGCAACGACACACACCGAUUCAGCCCAACGUACUUUUUCGAGCUCACGCCAUCCCGUAUCCUGGUACCCUUUUGCCAUUGUCGGCAUCAAUAUCACACAAUGUGCAGUCCAAGCUCUGCGAACACGUCAAAUGCAGUACUAUCUGUAUAAAUAUGGCGCUGAUAAAAAAGCCUAUAGCGAAUUUUAUUGCUACUUGUAUCAUAGAUUUAAUGAUUUUUGGAUCUCUCACGAACAACCGCGACUGACGGUGAUGGAUUUUGAAAUGAUAUUUAAAGAGUUCAAGACACAGAUCAAUAAGGAAUUGAUGAGACACAAAGCGAUGCCAUUAAGUGAAUGGCUUGAGCAACGACGGAUGGAACAAGAGGAAUUGCAACAACAGCAGCAGCAGCAGGAGGAUGUAGAUAAUACAUACAUCAAUGAAAAGCAACAUGUAGAUUAG